AUGCCCUUCUCACAAGAGGACUUGGUGAGUCUUCUGGCCAUAAUAACAAGCGAACAUAAGUAUAAAGUAACAAACAGCAGUAGUCGAGUCAAAGGAGGGCUGAUGACGGGGAUAGGGGCCACAGUUGGUGGAGUAUGCGGAGGGCCUGUUGGUCUUGUCGUCGGAGGUCUUGUUGGGGGAUCUCUAGCCGCGUGGAGGGGAAAAUCUACCCCGAUACCACUGGAUCAAUAUUUGAUGGAUAUUAACAAACAGGGGCACCUAACGAGAAUAUAGUUCAAAACCGCUUAAACAUAUCGCAUAGCAUUGUUAAAUGUAUUUAGUAUUUGAACGGUAGAUAUAGGCAUACUUUUAUCCCCUAAAAAUUUUUCAUCUGUUCGGAUUUCCUAGCCGAAAGUCUAGUGAUUAUAGGGAUCAAAACUUACCUUUUCGAAAAUUUCAGCCAGGAAAAGGCUCCCGAAAAUUCUAGGUGGCCUUUUUUAGGGUAAAUAUCCGUUUAAAAUGGGUAAUUACACCAUAUUGUAGAUGUUCGAAAAUCCUAGGAGAGGCAGGCAAGCAAGAAAUUUUACAACAAAUGUUCCGAAAAUUCUAGUUCUCAAAUCGUCUUCCGAACAGAUAUUUUCCCCAAAGUUGCCGUUGGGUGCCUCUGUUAUCUUUUCGAAAAUUUCAGCCAGAAAAAAGGCUCCCGAAAAUUCUAGGUGACCUUUUUAGGGGAAAAAUCCGUCAGAAAUGGGCAAUUAUACCAUUUUUUUAGAUGUUCGAAAAUCCUAGGAGGGCAGGCAAGCAAAAAAGUUUACAACAAAUGUUCCGAAAAUUCUAGAUCUUAAAUCAUCUUCUGAACAGAUAUUUUCCGAAAAUUGACGUUGGGUGCCCCUGAACAAAGGAGCAAAGG